AUGGAUCCCACCGCCUCGCAUGAAGGAUCAAAGAGAAGAAGAAGAAGAAGUAAGAAGAAGGUUGAAGAAGUUCAAGUUGAAGAUACUCGACAGAAUAAAAAAAUAAAAUUUGAUGAGGAGGAAAGUACGUCUGUAGGUGGUGAUGACUUGUUGCAGAAUGGGGAACAAGAUAAAAAAGGCAAGGACAAACAUGAACAUCAACAUGAACACGAAAAUCAACAUGAACACGAAAAUCAACAUGAACAAGUUCAACAAGAAGCUGUUAAUAUCCCUCAGAGAAAUAAAAAGGUAUUUACAGAUACCUUAGAGUCAUCGUCAGAACUUGCACUACCAUCAGAUAAUACCAUUGUCAAAGGCAAAAAGAGGAAACUCAUCAAAUUUACUGAACAACAACCGGACUCAGACUCUGAGAAUGAAAAUGACUACACUUUCCAACACAAAUCGGACCUACUUAAGGUUAGACAGAAAUUACCCAUCUACCAGCACCAAGAUCGGAUAAUAGAGACUAUUCUUAAUAAUCAAGUGACUAUAGUAAUUGGUGAAACAGGUUCUGGUAAAUCGACACAAAUUCCGCAAUUCCUCAUCCCCCAUUCGAAAUCAAUUGCAGUAACGCAGCCUAGAAGAGUUGCUGCUGCAUCUUUAGCGGCAAGAGUCAGUGACGAAUAUGGUUGUAAAUUGGGCUCUGAGGUCGGUUACCAAGUGCGAUUCACAAACAAGAGUUCCCAUAAGACAAAAUUAAAGUAUCUUACUGACGGUAUGUUAUUAAGAGAAAUCAUGUUGGAUCGAGAGUUGAAAAAAUACGAUGUGGUUGUGUUGGAUGAAGCGCACGAAAGAACCAUCUUGACGGAUUUGAUUAUGGGAUUUCUAAAGUCAUUAAUCAAGGAAAGACCAGAUUUAAAAGUGGUGGUAAUGUCAGCCACAUUGAAUGCAGAAUUGUUUAGUAAAUUCUUUGCCGCCCCUAUUCUUUACAUUGAAGGUAAGAUGUACCCAGUUGCACAAUUGUAUGUUGAGGGAGAUACAGAAGACAUUGUUGAUUGCAUGAUUCGAUCUGUUAUUAAAGUCAAUUUGACAGAACCUGAAGGUGAUGUACUUUGCUUCCUACCGGGCCAAGAAGAGAUUGAUAAUUGUGUAAAGACAUUAGAGGAACUUGCUCCUCAAUUACCUCGAGAAGCGCCAUUAUUGGUGCCAUUGCCACUUUAUGCAGCACUAUCUCCAAAUCAACAACUGAAAGUCUUUGAAAGUUUGCCAAAGGGAAGAAGGAAAAUCAUUUUGGCAACGAAUAUUGCCGAAACUUCGAUUACUGUUCCUGGUGUCAAAUUUGUUAUUGAUUCAGGAUUAAGAAAAGUUAAGGUAUGGAAACAUAAUUUGGGUCUCUCGACUUUACUCACAACUCCAAUUUCUCAAGCAUCAGCGCGACAAAGAGCAGGAAGAGCAGGAAGAGAGUGUCCCGGUAAAGUAUAUCGGUUAUAUGGCGAAGAUGAGUAUCUAGAGUUGCCAAAACAACAGGAAUCUGAAAUCAAGAGAAAUGACAUUGUGUUGCCCAUACUUACGCUAAAGAAAUUAGGUGUGGAUGAUUUGCUCAAUUGGACAUGGCUCGAAGACCCUGGCCAGGAAGCCAUCUUGAGCGCUUUAAACACGCUAUACACUUUAGGUGCUUUGAAUGAUGCAGGUAAGAUUACCUCUUUGGGGGUUAAAAUGAGUACCUUACCAUUGCCACCACAGUUAUCGGUGGUUUUAAUAACUGCUGCGGAACUGGGAUGUCUUUCAGCAGUGAUUGAUAUUGUUUCAUGCCUUUCGGUUGACAAUUUAAUUCUCAAUGUUACUGGUGAAGCAAGAGACGAAAUCAAUUUCAAGAGGAGAGCCUAUUGUCCAAAGGGAUCUACGCACGGAGACCUCAUUUCAUUGUACGAAUUUUACCAAUCUUAUCAGUCUUUAGGAAAGGAAUGGUGCGAGGAGCUCAAAUUUAACUACAAAGGGUUCAAGAAUGUAGACAAAGUGAAGAAGCAGUUGCAACAAUACAUGUCUGAUAUAGCCAAAAUCGAUUUGAAACAAGAUUCAAAACUGGACGUUAACGUUGACUUUGACUUUGACUUUGAUUCGGACUUGCAACAUACCAAAAGCUUGGAUAUCCCACUUGUUCUCAAAUCAUUCCUCAAGGGUUAUAUUACAAACACUGCUGUUGGAAUGCCAGAUAGAUCUUAUAGGACGUUCAAUAGUGGUCAACUAAUCAGUAUCCACCCUUCUUCAGUCUUAUUCGGCAAACCUUUGGAUGCAAUCAUGUAUAUCGAAUACGUAUUCACCAGUAAAGGGUAUGCGAGAAAUUGUUCAGCAAUCGAGCUUUCUUGGAUACAGGAAGUUGCACCACACCUUAUGGGUGGAAAAGUCAGCUUAAACGAAUAA